AUGGCCUGGGUCAGUAAUUUCUCCUGGUUAAACCACCUUGUUCUACAUGAAGAACGCCUCAGGGGGUACUUAAACAGCACUGAGGAUUAUUUAACCUUCCUGUGCGGGCCCAGACGGAGCCACCUGUUCCUGCCCAUGGCUUUGGUGUACUCGGUGAUCUUCAUCGUCGGGGUGGUGGGCAACUUCUUGGUUUGCCUCGUCAUCCUCAAGCACCGCAACAUGAAGACCCCGACCAACUACUACCUGUUCAGCCUGGCGGUCUCGGACCUGCUGGUGCUGCUCUUGGGAAUGCCCUUGGAAGUGUACGAGAUGUGGAGCAACUACCCCUUCCUGCUGGGGCCCGUGGGCUGCUACCUGAAGACGGCCCUGCUGGAGACCGUGUGCCUGGCCUCCAUCCUGAGCGUGACGGCGCUGAGCGUGGAGCGCUACGUGGCCGUGCUGCACCCGCUGCGCGCCAAGCUGGCCGCCACGCGCCGCCGCGCCCGCGCCACCAUCCUGGGCCUGUGGCUGCUCUCGGUGCUCUGCGCCCUGCCCAACACGGGCACCCACGGCAUCGCCCUGCAGCGCUUCCCCAACGGCACCCUGGUGCCCGGCUCCGCCACCUGCACCGUGGUGGUGCCCCUGUGGAUCUACAACUGCAUCGUGCAGGUCACCUCUCUGCUCUUCUACGUGCUGCCCAUGGGGGUGAUAAGUGUGCUGUACUAUCUGAUGGGGCUAAGAUUGAGAGGAGAUGAAUCUUUGGAAGUGGAGGAAAUGGCUGUGAAUGUUCAGAGGCCAUCCAGGAGAUCAGUCACCAAGAUGCUGUUUGUCCUUGUGAUAGUUUUUGCCAUCUGCUGGGCUCCAUUCCACAUAGACAGACUUUUCUUCAGCUUUGUGGUGGAAUGGACUGAGCCCUUGGCCAAUACCUUCAACUUAAUCCACGUGGUGUCAGGUGUUUUCUUCUACCUGAGCUCUGCCACCAACCCCAUCAUUUACAACCUGCUGUCCCAGCGCUUCAGGAUGGCUUUCCUCAGUGUGAUUGCUCCUUGCUGCAAGCACUGUGCCCCCAAACAUCCCCCCUGCAAGAUUUCAUCCCAGAAGAGCACGUUUGUGGUUGAGGAUCACAAUCUCAUGGACUCUGCAGAAAACACGAGCCUCCCUGGCACUCACAGGACAUCUGUCAGCAGCUCUCAGCUCUCCACUGGCCUGUGA